AUGCGGGUGCCUCUGAUAGUGCACGCACGCACAGGUGUGCACUCGCAGGACUUGGAGGCGUUCCUGACACACAUAUACCGCGCCCUGGCGGCAGCCACCCCCCUCAAGGACAAGGUCAACGUCCUUGCCUACUUCGAGACCCUCUGCGCCGACACCACCGCCGCCAACGUGCUCAUCAACAGCAGCCUCACCAUGCUGUUCGUGCGCAUGCUGCGCAACGGGCGCGCGCCCCUGCUGCGCGUGCGGCUGGCGGGGGUGCUGGGGCUGCUGGUGCGGCAUGCGACCUUCAUCGCAGAGGAGCUGGCCGCCACGCAGGUGGUUGAGAUCCUAACGGAGGCGCUGCGCGACAAGAACGAGCGCGUGCGGCGCAGGGUGAUGGCGACCCUCGGCGAGCUGCUGUUCUACAUCGCCACCCAGCAGCAGGACAGCGGCGCCGGCAGCGUUGCUGAUGUCAGCGCGGCCUGGGGCAUCAGCAGCGCUACGACGGGCGGCGUGGUGCGGCUGCUGCGGCCGGGGGAGGACGAGAUCUGCCAGCACUACGCGGUGAAGACGAUCGAGAACAUCUGCAGCCAGGGGGGCGAGUGGGCGGCAACGUUUUCAACAAUGGAGGUCGUGUCCAGCCUGGUAGCGCUGCUGGGGUCAUCCUCCGGCGACAACCUCAAGGCCACCGCCGCCUCCACCCUGGCCCGCCUGCUGCGCGCCAGCCCGCCGCUGAUGGGGGCGCUGCUGGACAAGUGGGGCGCGGGCGUCAUCCUGUCGGGCCUGAGCGACACCAGCAGCAAGGUCCAGAUCAGCGCCGCCAACAUGCUGAACCAGCUGCUCAGCGCGCCAGACAACGUGGCGCGCGCACGGGCCGCGCUGGCUGCUGACGAGCGCGCCGUGGUGACUGCGGUGAUGGGGCUGCUGGACCACGCGCUGCCGCUGCUGAGGGCCAAGGGCAUACUGGCGGUGGUGCUGCUCUGCAGGCUGUCGCCGCGGUGGCUGCUGGAGUGCUGCAAGCAGCGGCUGGUACCGCUGAUGGAGCGGCUGCAGCGGGAGCGCGACGCGUACACACAGGAAGCCGCCGCGCAGCUGCGUGUUGAGAUGGCAGCAGCGGUGGAGGCGACGUGCGAGCAGAUACGCGGCGAGCUGGCGGCGGCCGCGGCAGCGGGGGCGGCGGCGAGGGGCCCGCUGCAGCUGCAGCAGCUGCAGGCGAGCGGGGCGGGCGGGGGCGCAGGGGCAUGGGCACAGGUGCUCUGCGGGUCGGGUAGCAGGGAUACGGGCUCACGCUGA